AUGCCAGACGUGCAUCCCCCGAGCUCGCAGUCCCCCGCCGCCUCCGUCGCCGCAAGCCAGGGCGACGGCAAGCAGCACCUGCUCCUCGCCGCCAGCGGCUCCGUCGCCACCAUCAAGCUCCCGCUCAUCAUCGCCGCCCUCGCCCCCCGCGCGCGUCUCUCCAUCCGCGUCAUCCUCACCAAGUCCGCCAGGCACUUCCUCGCCGGCCAGGCCGCCGAGCAGCCCGACCUAGCCGCCAUAUCUAGCCUACCCAACGUCGACGGCCUGUACGUGGACGACGACGAGUGGACGGCGCCCGGCUGGACCCGCGGCGCCAGCAUCCUGCACAUCGAGCUGCGCCGCUGGGCGGACGUGCUCUUCGUCGUCCCGCUCUCAGCCAACCUGCUCGCCCGCGUCGCCGCCGGCAUGUGCGACGACCUGCUCUCAAGCGUCAUCCGCGCGUGGGACACUCGCCGCGCGGCCAUCGUGGUGGCUCCGUCGAUGAACACUUUGAUGUGGGAGCAUCCGCUGACGGAACAGCACUUGGCGGUUUUGCGGUCGUGGUCGUGGUUUCACGUGCUAUUGCCGCAGGCAAAGGAGCUUGCGUGCGGCGAUGUUGGACAGGGCGCGAUGCGUGAAUGGAAAGACAUUGUUGUUGAUAUUGAGCAAAGUCUUGAUGAACUUGCUACUUGA